ACUUACUAUUUUGUUACUUGUCGACACUUCAUUAUUUGUCCCAAAAUGGUUCUUGUCGAGUCUUGUACUCCACCUUUAGCUAGGGACUACAUCAAAAUCCUACAACAAUGUCCCAAAAAGACCACAUAUGAGAGCGCAAGAGUGUGUGAAACAUCUGAGGCGCUACCGUUGAUAGACUUGAGACGUCUAAUGGGAGACGAUGAAGGUGAGAGGGCUAAAUCUGCUUUAGAGAUCGUUCGAGCUUCAUCAGAGUGGGGAUUCUUUCAGGUAGUGAAUCAUGGGGUUAGUUCGAAGCUGCUCAACCGGAUGAGGAGAGAGCAAGUUGAGUUGUUCAAUGCACCGUUCUCGAGGAAAUCCACCUGUGGGCUUCUGAACAACUCGUACCGGUGGGGAACUCCUACCGCCACUUCUCCGGAUAACUUUUCUUGGUCGGAAGCGUUUCACGUGCCCCUCACAAAGGUCUCGGACCCGACGUGCUAUGGGGAGUUUUCCUCUUUAAGGGAAGUGCUGGUGGAAUACGCAGCGGCAAUGCAGAAAGUGGCAAGAAUGCUGGCUGGAGUGCUGACAUCAAAUUUAGGUCAAAGUAUAGAAGUAUUCGAGGAGAUGAUUGGUUGUGAUGAGAGUACAUGUUAUCUUCGGUUGAACCGUUACCCGACUUGUCCGUUGUCAGCAGAAAUACAUGGACUGGUGCCCCACACGGACAGUGAUUUUCUUACAAUUCUUCACCAAGACCAAGUUGGGGGACUUCAACUCAUGAAAGACAACAAAUGGAUUGCUGUCAAACCCAACAAAGAUGCACUCAUUGUCAACAUUGGUGAUCUUUUUCAGGCUUGGAGCAAUGAUGUGUACAAGAGCGUAGAGCAUAGAGUGAUGGCGAAUGCGAAAAGGGAAAGAUUCUCAGUGGCCUAUUUCCUCUGCCCUUCACACCAUUCUUUGAUUGGGAGCUGCAAACAGCCUUCUCUCUACACAAAUUUUACCUUUGCAGACUACAGAAAUAAAGUCCAACACGACUCCAAACUACACGGACGCAAACUCGGCCUUUCAAGAUUUCGACGAUGAAAUUCAAUUGUUUCUACUUACAAUCUUUCAUGUUAAUUGCCAGAAAUUUAUUCUUAUUUUUAUGUUAGAGAAUAAAAAUAAGCUCAAUUUCGCAUUUUAGUGUUUUUGCAAUUAUUAUUUCCGUGUACGUAAUAUUAUUGUUGAUCGAUCGAUGUUAUUAGAAUUUUAAUUUAUUAUUUUUAGAAGCUCACUCGGCUAUA